CCUGCCUCUUCCUCCCAAGUGCUGGGAUUAAAGGCAUGCGCCACCACCGCCCGGCUGCAAAAACAUUUCUUACAGCUGUAAAUUAUUGUAGAUUUUACCAGAAAAUAUUAAAAAAGAGUUAACACUGGUGAGAUGGCUCAGAGGGGCUUGCUGAUCUGAGUUUGAUCCCUGGAAUCCACAUAAAGAGAAAGAGAAAGACUUGACUACAUAGCAUUGUCCCUUAUUUCUACCUGUACACUAUGGCAUGCACCCCCUCCCCCACAAGUAAUAAAUAUAUUUAAGAAGAUUUAUUUAUUUUUAUUUUCUGUAUAUGAGUCUUUUGCCUGUAUGUAUAUAUGUGAGCCAUGUAUAUGUCUGGUAUGCCAAGUAUGCUCAGAGGCCAGGAAUAGGUGAUAGAUCUCCUGGAACUUGAGUUUCAGACAUUCUGGAACUUGAGUUUCAGACAAUUGUGAGUCACCAUGUGGGUUCUAGGACUUCGACCUGGGUCCUCUGAAAAGCAGCCAGUGCUCUUUUUUGUGUUCUUCUAUCCCCUAAGACAGUCUCAUUAUGUAGCUCUGACUGUCCUGGAACUCACUGGCCUUGAACUCACAGAGCUUCACUGCCUCUGCUUCCAGUUCUGGGAUUAAAGGCGUAUGCCACCAUGCCCAUGCAGCCAGUGCUCUUAACAUAAGCCAUCUCUUUUGUCCUAGAACUUAAUACUUGUAAAAAAAAACAAAGUUUGCUUGCCUAAACUAGAUUUGGAGCAGUUCAUAUACCUGAGACCUGCCAUUUUACAGUGCCAAAUUGGAAAGAAUCAGCUUUUCAAAUAAUGGAAGAGCCCAAGACUUCUAAAAACGAAAAUCAUGAACCAAAGAAGAAUAUUAUUUGUGAAGAAAGCAAAGCAGUUAAAAUUAUAACUAAUCAAACCUUGAAGCCUAGAAAUGAUAAGUCAGAAAUUGGGACCAGCUCUCUGAAUAGAAAUAUUAGUAAAAAAACCAAGCAAAAUGAUAUUUGUAUAGAAAAAACAGAAGUUAAAUCAUGUAAAGUAAAUGCUGCCAGUGUUCCAGGCCCUAAAGAUUUGGGGUUAGUACUUCGAGAUCAAAGUCAUUGCAAAGUGAAAAAGUUACCAAAUUCACCCAUGAAAGCCCAGAAGGGAUCUUCACAGACAAAAUUAGAAAAGGCACCUAGUUUACAGGCAAAAGCAGAAAAAGUAUCAAAGUCUCCGAAUUUACCAGUAAAAGCAGAAAAAACAUCCUGUACAGCAGCAGCAGCAACAACAGAAAAAGCACUUAAUUCACAGAGAAAAGAAGAAAACAUGCACACUUCUCAGAUGAAAUUACAAAAGACACCCAGAUCGCCUUUAGAGGCAGAAAAUGUGAAGCAGACAGAAUCACAGCAGACUGGGAAGAGACUUACAGGCUCCUUUGUCUCUGUGGAUAAACGGAAUAGUGAGCCUCUCCAGGCAGAAAAACCAGCUCUGGAAACCUCAUCUCUAUCUCAGAAGCAACAGACACACACAGAUAAUACUCCCGAUUCUGAUGACAGUGCUUCGGGGAUGGAAGACACAUCAGAUGAUUUGAGUAAAAUGAAGAGUGAAGAAUCUAACAAAGAAAAUUCUUCUGAGAUGGACUAUUUAGAAAACGCCACUGUGAUAGAUGAAUCUGCUUUGACACCUGAGCAGAGGCUAGGCUUGAAACAAGCAGAAGAACGACUAGAAAGAGAUCACAUCUUUCGACUUGAAAAACGAUCACCAGAAUAUACCAAUUGCCGUUAUCUAUGCAAACUUUGCUUAAUUCACAUUGAAAACAUCCAAGGAGCACAUAAACAUAUAAAAGAAAAACGACAUAAGAAAAAUAUUUUGGAAAAACAAGAAGAGAGUGAACUUCGAUCUCUUCCAUCUCCUUCCCCUGCUCACUUGGCUGCUUUAAGUGUUGCAGUUGUUGAAUUAGCUAAAGAACAAGGAAUAACAGAUGAUGAUCUCAGAAUCCGCCAGGAAAUUGUGGAGGAAAUGUCAAAGGUUAUAAUGACAUUUUUACCAGAAUGUUCACUGAGGUUGUAUGGUUCAUCUCUGACAAAGUUUGCUCUCAAAAGCAGUGAUGUUAAUAUAGAUAUAAAAUUUCCUCCCAAGAUGAAUCAUCCAGAUCUUCUGAUACAAGUGCUUGGGAUUUUGAAAAAAAGUGCAUUAUAUGUAGAUGUGGAAUCUGAUUUUCAUGCUAAAGUUCCUGUUGUGGUGUGCAAAGAUCGGAAAAGUGGUUUACUAUGUAGAGUAAGUGCAGGAAAUGAUAUGGCAUGUCUCACAACUGACUUACUUGCUGCUCUUGGCAAAGUGGAACCAGUCUUCACUCCCUUAGUGUUAGCUUUUCGCUAUUGGGCUAAGUUGUGCUAUAUUGACUCCCAAACUGAUGGUGGAAUCCCUUCUUACUGCUUUGCUUUAAUGGUGAUGUUUUUUCUUCAACAAAGAAAACCUCCUCUUCUUCCUUGCUUACUUGGAAGUUGGAUUGAAGGCUUUGACCCAAAAAGAGUGGAUGACUUUCAGCUGAAGGGCAUAAUAGAAGAGAAGUUUGUGAAGUGGGAAUAUAAUUCAUGUAGUGCAACUGAGAAAAACUUAAUUGCUGAUGAAAACAAAGCUAAGGCAGACCAACCAAAAGAUGAUACCAAGAAGACAGAAACAGACAACCAAAGUAAUGCUAUGAAGACAAAACAUGGCAAAUCUCCUUUAACAUUGGAAGCACCAAAUCAGGUACCUCUGGGACAGUUGUGGUUGGAGCUGCUAAAAUUUUACACACUGGAUUUUGCUUUGGAGGAAUAUGUCAUAUGUGUACGGAUACAAGAUAUUCUAACCAGAGAGAACAAAAACUGGCCUAAAAGACGGAUAGCCAUUGAAGAUCCAUUUUCAGUCAAGAGGAAUGUUGCUCGGAGCUUAAACAGCCAGCUUGUAUAUGAAUAUGUUGUGGAGCGAUUCAGGGCAGCUUAUCGAUAUUUUGCCUGUCCUCAAAUGAAGGGUGGAAAUAAAUCUACAGUGGAUCUUAAGAAAAAAGAGAAGGGGAAGCUAAGCAAUAAGAAGCCAGUGAAGUCUGAUUGUUCGGCAAACAAUUGUUGCAUUCUUCUUGAGGAAAAUGCAGAAAAAGUAAAUAGUGAAAGAGGCCAGCCUGCUAAACAUAAUGAAAUGGAGUUUACAUCACAGAGAUGUACUGUUAAUAAUGACAGUUUACUGGUAAAUGAACUAGGUUUGGUUGACCAUAGACAAGAUUCUUCAUCUCUUUCUACUGCCAGUGGAGGCAGUGAAUUACAGCAAAAAUCAGCUGAGAAACAAGGUGAUUUAACACCUUCAGAAACUUCUUUAAAGAAGGAACUCAGCCAGUGUUAUUGCAUUGGGACCCCUGAUGGAGCUGAAUCUGCUGGAACAGACUGCAGAUCAAAUUUAGAAAUGGAGAGUUCACAUCAGAUUGUGUGCAACAACAUAUCUGCUACCUCUUGCAACUGCAAAGCUACAGAAGUUGCUUCUGACCUUGUUGAUGAUGAUAACCUCCCCUCCCAGGAAUUAUAUUAUGUGUUUGAUAAGUUUAUUUUAACCUCUGGCAAGCCGCCAACAAUAGUAUGCAGCAUCUGCAAAAAGGAUGGCCAUUCAAAAAAUGACUGCCCAGAGGAUUUCAGGAAGAUUGAUCUAAAACCUCUACCACCAAUGACAAACCGUUUUCGAGAAAUACUUGAUUUAGUAUGUAAAAGAUGUUUUGAUGAAUUAUCACCGCCUUGCUCUGAACAACACAACAGGGAACAAAUUUUAAUUGGAUUGGAAAAGUUUAUUCAAAAAGAAUAUGAUGAAAAAGCAAGAUUGUGCUUAUUUGGUUCUUCUAAGAAUGGAUUUGGAUUCCGAGAUAGUGAUCUGGAUAUUUGUAUGACUCUGGAAGGCCAUGAAAAUGCCGAGAAAUUAAAUUGUAAGGAAAUAAUUGAAAAUUUGGCAAAAAUUCUUAAGAGGCAUCCAGGUUUAAGAAACAUUCUGCCUAUAACUACUGCCAAAGUGCCUAUUGUAAAAUUUGAACACAGGAGAAGUGGACUAGAAGGUGAUAUCAGUUUAUAUAACACAUUGGCUCAACACAACACAAGAAUGCUAGCUACUUAUGCAGCUAUUGAUCCUAGAGUACAGUACUUGGGAUAUACUAUGAAAGUGUUCGCUAAGCGCUGUGACAUUGGAGAUGCAUCUCGGGGAAGUUUAUCUUCAUAUGCUUAUAUCCUUAUGGUGCUGUACUUUCUGCAGCAAAGAAAGCCACCAGUUAUCCCAGUUCUACAAGAGAUCUUUGAUGGGAAGCAGAUUCCACAGAGAAUGGUUGAUGGAUGGAAUGCUUUUUUCUUUGAUAAAACAGAAGAACUGAAAAAGCGUUUACCUUCACUUGGAAAGAACACUGAAUCACUAGGAGAGCUUUGGUUAGGACUACUUCGCUUCUAUACGGAAGAGUUUGAUUUCAAGGAGUAUGUAAUCAGUAUUCGGCAGAAGAAGCUGCUGACCACUUUUGAAAAGCAGUGGACUUCUAAAUGCAUUGCAAUUGAAGAUCCUUUUGACUUGAAUCAUAACCUUGGUGCUGGUGUUUCUAGAAAAAUGACCAAUUUUAUUAUGAAGGCAUUUAUCAAUGGAAGGAAACUUUUUGGUACCCCCUUUUAUCCACUCAUUGGCAGAGAAGCUGAAUACUUCUUUGAUUCAAGAGUAUUAACAGAUGGAGAGUUGGCUCCUAAUGAUCGUUGUUGCCGUGUGUGUGGAAAAAUAGGUCACUACAUGAAAGACUGUCCCAAAAGGAAAAGGUUGGCAAAUCAUUUUCUAUUAAUUUUAUAGGGAAAGUAAAUGUGA